AUGGUUAGAAUUGCAAUUAUUCGAAAUCGCUAUAAUGAAGUCGAACGUUAUCGAACUAGUAAUAAAGUUUGGAACCUUAGAGCCAGUCAUGAUACGACAACAUUAGAUAGUGUCAGUAAUGCUCAAGAAUAUCUUGACGAAGCUGGUAAAAUAUGGGGUAUUUCAAGAACCGAUGAGGGUCAGAACUACAUUGAUCGUUUGAAACUAAAAUGUAGAGCCAGUAGACCUGGUGCGGCCGAUUAUACAGACGAACUCAAAUUGGAGAAUUCAAAUUGUGUAAACACGUAUAUUUAUGUUGUUCUUCAUCGAAGUUCAGAUGGUGAAAUUACAGUGACAUUUUCGUAUCACUGUUUAACAACAGAUGGCUCACUUAAAGAAAAAGUAUACGAAUAUUUGAAAUUAGAAGCUGCUCAAAAUUUGAAAGGCAUGUUACCAAAAUGUGUUGAUUUUGAUUAUGAUUUCAGCUAA